UUGUUUCACUCGAUCUGAAAGUCACGUUUUUUGGACCUUCUGGAUUCAUCUAAUUACACUAAUUCAAAGCCUUACACUAAUUAAUCUAUAACAUUAAUCGCUCAAGAAUUUGUAAAUUCUAAAUUUAUAUUUCAGUCUGAACCUGAACACAUAGUAACCGUCAAAAUAAAUCUCACCUGUUAUUCUCGUCUGCGGGCAUGCGUUACACACAAGCGUACCUUGAAAGUUACAUAAACAAAUAAAAAUAACUGUUCGAGAUUGCUUGAAACAAGUAAACAUGUGAAUAAUGAGUUAAAUUUAACAGCAACUUUAAGUGAUUAUUUGAUUUCAAUUCGUUUCAACUUAAUAAUUAAUUAACUAUUUAUCUUAUUUUAGCAAAAUGAUCACCAACGAUGACUGUACAAAUUGUAAAAGAGCUGCCAUCAGACUUGGUUAUUGGAAAGAUCCAUAUAUUGACCUUUUCUCCAAAGGAAAACCUACUAUUGAACGUAAAACACCAGAAAUCAAUCGUGGUUAUUAUGCUCGUGUAGUCUCAAUCAAAAUCAUCAUUGGUCAAUUUCUGGAUUACGUUGAAAGUCAAGGUAAACAGUGUCAAAUUGUUAAUCUGGGCUGUGGCUUUGAUACUCUAUUUUGGAGACUGACCGAAAAUUCCAAAAAUGCCUCUACUAUUAAACAUUUCGUCGAUGCUGAUCUACACGGAAUCACCAGCAGGAAAAUUUAUCAUAUCAGGCAUCGACCCGAGUUAUUAUCAUCUCUUGGAGAGGAUAUUAAAUUCAAUCCUAUGGAAUUACAAUCUAAUGUUUAUAAAUUAAUACCUGCUGAUUUACGUGAUACAAACAACCUGUCCACCAAAUUGUUCAAUGAAUGUCUUCUGGAUCGCGAUCUGCCAACAUUAUUUCUCGCUGAAUGUGUAUUAAUCUACAUGACGGUUGAAAAUUCAAACAAUCUUAUAUCCUGGAUAUCAUCCAAUUUUACGAACGCCUUUUUCAUCAAUUAUGAGCAAAUAAAUAUAUUUGAUAGAUUUGGUCAAAUAAUGGUUGAUAAUUUGAGACAAAGAGAUGUAGAGUUACUUGAUUUGGACUCUUGUAAAGAUUUGGAUAGCCAAAAGUCUCGUUUUACCAACAAUGGCUGGGACAAUGUUGAUGCCUGGGAUAUGUAUCAUGUUUACCGUCACGGGAUUCCAAGAGAAGAUCUAGAUCGUAUUGAACGAAUUGAGUUUCUAGAUGAAGCUAAUCUUCUGGAACAAUUAUUGACCCAUUACUGCUUAGUGAUUGCUAAGAAAGGGUUGGCAGAUUUCAACAUUGAAUUUUAGAUACGAAAUUCAUUUUCGCAUUUUACCUUCUACGUCUAUUUCUAAGAUUUGAUUUAACUUUGUGUAAUAUGAUGAUGGUUCAAAUUAUCUCGAAACUCAGUCCCUUUUCUAUACUUCUGCUUCAAGAUCUUAUCCCGUUUUAUUUAACCAUUUCCAUUCCGAAUAAUGUUAUGAUUUGUGAGUUAGUUGAUAAUUCUAUUCUCCUAGUCAGUUUGAAUGUCAAUUGUCAAGUUCAAUCAUGAUUUGGAAGUCUGAAAACUUGUGUUAAGGCACCAUAAUGAUUGUAAUCAUUCGAGUUUUCAAAUUAAACCAAACUGCUUCCCUUCAAUCUUUAAUCCUUCAAUUUUAUUGAAGUGAAAAUGUUUCGAUUCAAAUUCUCAUUUUUAUACAUCUGUAACGCAAUAAAUUUAAAGAUAAAUAAAUGUUACAAAGUUAA